CCGUCAGUGGGGCAUCCAGUGUGCAUCCCUGGCUGUGUGGUGCCCUCAGUGUUCUCCUUAGUCACCCCCCGUGGCACCCGUCCCAGGUGAGGGUGUCGCGGGGCAGUGUGUUCCUGUAGGACCGCCGCGCCCCCUGCACAGUCCGGCAGGAGGGAGGCUGGUGGGUGAGGCAGCGGCGUACAGCUGUGCGCACGUUCCUUAUCAUUUCGUUAUUCGAAGAGGAUGAUUGUUGUGAAAUCAGGAAUUUAAUUUAUCUUAAUGAAGUGUAAACAGACGGUGGCGUCACGCCGCGAGGGAAAGGAUGGCGGGGCGGGGCUAGGCUGGCCCCGCCCCGCCCUGACACCAUUGGUCGCCUGGCGGUGGCGGGGGAGGAACCUUUCCGCAGCCACGUGUUUUGAGGUGCACCAUGGUGGAGGGGGGUUGGGGGGUAGCUGCAGGGUGCUGGCUUAGGGCAGGUCAUCUCACACCCUGACCACUGAUGACCUUCACACAGUGCCAAUACAGUCGCACAGAGCAGUGUCGCCACAGUGCCCCUGCAACAUAGUGUUGUCUUGGCGUGCAGCGUACAGCCUCCCGCUGGCGUGAGUAGCGUGGCGUCCGUAGGCGGGAGUGUUUUCAACCAAUCACAGCGGGCACGUAGUGGGCCUCUGCGCGGCGCGGCGGUGUUGGGCGGACGCCUGGGGACACGCGGCCCGCCUUCCUCCGCCCUGAUGCGUUAUGGGGACGCGGUAUUGCACACACUGCGGGCCUGGCGUGUCCUUUUUGCCCGCAUGAUGGGCGGCGCCGCGGGCGGAGUGGGGGGUGCCUGGCGCCAGCACCGCCCCGGGGUUCCCAGCAGCAGUGAGUCAGUGGGUCACGGUCUCACCAGUCCCGCCGUGCAGGCCGCCGCCGUCCCACGUGCCUCAGCCGCCCUCGCCGCCCAGUGCCUCGCCUCGCGGCCUCCAUGCCAAGUGCCUUCCAUAAGCAACUUAGUCUGUGCCUUCCUCGCUCGUGCCUUGCCGCCUUGCUCUCCCUGCCUCCCUGCCUGCCUGCUCGCCUUGCCCCGCCACAGCGCCCCGAGGCACCGCGGAUCAUUCACCGUGCUCGUGGGGCCACAGCCAGUGACAGCCCAAGGUGACCACUCUGCCCCGCGUCUUCCCUAGUGGCAGAGCGUGGCCACCACCACCACCACCACGACCCAAGAGGAGGAGCGCGGCGCCCUCGGCGACUGGCGGGAGCGGCGUGCCCUCCGCCACACGGCGCCCAUGACCGCCAUGUCCCGCUCCUUCCUGGUGGACUCCCUCAUUUCCCCGCAGACACCGGACACCAACAGGAGGGGACCUCGCGCCUACAGCCCGCCCACCAGCACGCCCAUGCCGCCCCUGCUGCCCCUCCACCAGCCGUGUCCACCAGGAAAGCAUGGCGACGUACUCUCCCUGUACUCGUGCCGCGCCUGCGUGCCCAUCCCCCCGGCCCUGAAGCAAGCCAUGGCGCCCUCCCUCUCCUCCUCCUUCACGCCGUCCUUCGCCUCCAGCCUCGCCCACACCUCCGUCAGCCUCCCCCAGGCCCCGGUGCUGCGCCCUGUCCCCGUGUCCCUGCCCAUGCCGCCCAUCUACUCGCCACUGUACGCUCCCGUCACGCCCGCACGACCGCAUCUCGCCGCCACGCCACCCACUCUCCAGGAGAAGAAGUCGCCCAGUCAAGCAGGAGUGACGCGGCCCCGCUCGCCCUCCCCCAGCGAAGACGUGCCCUCAUGCAAGCGAAUCCGCACGGCCUUCACUUCCACGCAGUUGCUGGAGUUGGAGCGAGAGUUCUCCUCCAACAUGUACCUGAGCAGACUGCGCAGGAUAGAGAUCGCCACCUACCUGAACCUGUCCGAGAAGCAGGUCAAAAUUUGGUUCCAGAACAGACGCGUCAAGUACAAGAAGGAGGAGGGCGGCCAGACGCGGGACAAGUGCUCGUGCCUCAGAACCUGCACGUCGUCGCGGCCGCGGGAGAAGGACCAGGCGGCGCUGCAGGGUUGUGACAGCCAGAGCCCCGAUCAGCACGCCGAGGAGGCCUCCCAGCGGCCCUGCCAUGACGCCGACCCCGGGAACGACCACAUCAAAGCUGACGGCGCCACGUGCGAGAAGAGCGAGGACCACCACCACCACCACCACCAUCACCACCUGCACCACCACCACCACCCGGGCCACACUGUGCUGCACGAGGACCUGCGUCGGCGAGAGGACGCGAACUCGCACAACGCCGUCACCAGCACGGAGGGACAUCCGCCUGCGGGACGCCAGUACGCCUCAGACGCGGAGUCCGACUGUGACCGAGACAGCAACGAGAACAUAGACGUGGUGUGAGCAACCCGCCCCCACCAAUCCCCUACCGUCCCCCCCCUCGCCUUGGUGUUCAUGCGGGGAGUGAUGAAUAUGUCUGAGCGCCCCACGGAAUCUCCCAGCGCCUGUUGAGGAAAGGCAGCGCUUCUGUCGGUUGUGUAAAGAGUGAUGCAAGUAUUUAUUUACCGUGUAGUAAAGG